AUGAAACUUAGUGGGCCGGGCACUCAGCCGUCCAGUGCUCCGCCAACCAUUGCCUCGACAUUCAUCGCGCCGCAUUCUAGCGCUCCGCCGUCCAGUGGCUCCACAUUCAUCGCCCCGCAGUCUAGCGCUCCGCCGCCCAGUGCCAUGAAACUUGAUGGGCCGGGCACUCCGCCGUCCACCGCUCCGCCAACUAAUGCCUCAGCAUUUAGCGUCUCACCAGCUAGCGCCCUGCCAUCCAGCGUUAUGCCACCUCCUGCGCCAACAAGCCAUUCCAAGAAGAACACCAUAAAAGAAAAUAUUAAGAAACCGAUCAACCCCGAUCGGCAGAUACAUGCAAGCUCUGGUCAUACCCAAAAGACCAUAGCCCCACCAAAUAAAGAGCAAGUGAGCCCCUAUGAUCAGCACCCAACCAAUACGCAAACUCAAAAAGUAAUAGCGCAACACAGCACAGCGCAUGCGAUCACCAAAGAUUGCCCCCAAGAGUUAACAAGCUUCAAGCCGGAAAAGCAACCCACCUGCUCAAACUCCGCGCAUGUUAACUCGCUCCAAAUUGCCAAAGAAAAUGAACACUCACAGUUCGAAGUAGUUACAAUUGGUGGAUGUAACUCAAAACGCACUUAG